CUCCUCCUCCUCCUCUUCCUCCUUCUUUUCCUCCUCCUCUUCCUCCACCUCCUUCUCCUCCUCCUCCUCUUCCGAGCGGCCUCGGAACGCGCGAAUGCGCGACCCCGCGCGCGCCUCCCCCGCGCGCGCUCCCCCCGCGCGCGCACACACUUCGUCUCCAGCUCUCUGCUCGCUCUGCUCGCAGUCACAGACACUUGAGCACACGCGUACACCCAGACAUCUUCAGGCUGCUAUUGGAUUGACUUUGAAGGUUCUGUGUGGGUCGCCGUGGCUGCAUGUUUGAAUCAGGUGGAGAAACACUUCAAGGCUGGACGAAGUAAAGAUUAUUGUUAUUUUUUUUUUUUCUCUCUCUCUCUCUCUUAAGAAAGGAAAAUAUCCCAAGGACUAAUCUGAUCGGGGCUUCCUUCAUCAGGAACGAAUGCAGGAAUUUGGGAACUGAGCAGUGCAAGUGCUGAAGAAGGAGAUUUGUUUGGAGGAAGCAGGAAAGAGAAAGAAAAGGAAGGAAAAAAUACAUAAUUUCAGGGACGAGAGAGAGAAGAAAAACGGGGACUAUGGGGAGAAAAAAGAUUCAGAUUACGAGGAUUAUGGAUGAACGUAACAGACAGGUGACAUUUACAAAGAGGAAAUUUGGGUUGAUGAAGAAGGCGUACGAGCUGAGCGUGCUCUGUGACUGUGAGAUCGCGCUGAUCAUCUUCAACAGCACCAACAAGCUGUUCCAGUAUGCCAGCACCGACAUGGACAAGGUGCUGCUCAAGUACACGGAGUACAACGAGCCGCACGAGAGCCGGACAAACUCUGACAUCGUGGAGACGUUGAGAAAGAAGGGCCUUAAUGGCUGUGACAGCCCAGAUCCCGAUGCAGACGAUUCAGUAGGUCACAGCCCUGAGUCUGAGGACAAGUACAGGAAAAUUAACGAAGAUAUUGAUCUAAUGAUCAGCAGGCAAAGAUUGUGUGCCUUGAACAAGAAAGAGAACAAAGGCUGUGAAAGCCCCGAUCCCGACUCCUCUUAUGCACUCACCCCACGCACUGAAGAAAAAUACAAAAAAAUUAAUGAAGAAUUUGAUAAUAUGAUCAAGAGUCAUAAAAUUCCUGCUGUUCCACCUCCCAACUUUGAGAUGCCAGUCUCCAUCCCAGUGUCCAGCCACAACAGUUUGGUAUACAGCAACCCCGUCAGCUCACUGGGAAACCCCAACCUUUUGCCACUGGCCCACCCUUCUCUGCAGAGAAAUAGUAUGUCUCCUGGUGUAACACAUCGACCUCCAAGUGCAGGUAACACAGGUGGUCUGAUGGGUGGAGACCUCACAUCCGGUGCGGGCACCAGUGCAGGGAACGGAUAUGGCAAUCCCCGAAACUCACCAGGUCUGCUGGUCUCACCUGGUAACUUGAACAAGAAUAUGCAAGCAAAAUCUCCUCCCCCCAUGAAUUUAGGGAUGAAUAACCGUAAACCAGAUCUCCGAGUUCUUAUUCCACCAGGCAGCAAGAAUACGAUGCCAUCAGUGAAUCAAAGGAUAAAUAACUCCCAGUCUGCUCAGUCAUUGGCUACCCCAGUGGUUUCCGUAGCAACUCCUACUUUACCAGGACAAGGGAUGGGAGGAUAUCCAUCAGCCAUUUCAACAACAUAUGGUACCGAGUACUCUCUGAGUAGUGCAGACCUGUCAUCUCUGUCUGGGUUCAACACUGCCAGCGCCCUUCAUCUUGGGUCAGUAACUGGCUGGCAACAGCAACACCUACAUAACAUGCCGCCAUCCGCCCUCAGUCAGCUGGGAGCUUGCACUAGCACUCAUUUAUCUCAGAGUUCAAAUCUCUCCCUGCCUUCUACUCAAAGCCUCAACAUCAAGUCAGAACCUGUUUCUCCUCCUAGAGACCGUACCACCACCCCUUCGAGAUACCCACAACACACGCGCCACGAGGCGGGGAGAUCUCCUGUUGACAGCUUGAGCAGCUGUAGCAGUUCGUACGACGGGAGCGACCGAGAGGAUCACCGGAAUGAAUUCCACUCCCCCAUUGGACUCACCAGACCUUCGCCGGACGAAAGGGAAAGUCCCUCAGUCAAGCGCAUGCGACUCUCGGAAGGAUGGGCAACAUGAUCAGAUUAUUACUUAAUAGUUUUUUUUUUUUCUUGCAGUGUGUGUGUGUGCUAUACCUUAAUGGGGAAGGGGGGUCGAUAUGCAUUAUAUGUGCUGUGUGUGGAAAAAAAAAGUCAGGUACUCUGUUUUGUAAAAGUACUUUUAAAUUGCCUCAGUGAUACAGUAUAAAGAUAAACAGAAAUGCUGAGAUAAGCUUAGCACUUGAGUUGUACAACAGAACACUUGUACAAAAUAGAUUUUAAGGCUAACUUCUUUUCACUGUUGUGCUCCUUUGCAAAAUGUAUGUUACAAUAGAUAGUGUCAUGUUGCAGGUUCAACGUUAUUUACAUGUAAAUAGACAAAAGGAAACAUUUGCCAAAAGCGGCAGAUCUUUACUGAAAGAGAGAGCAGCUGUUAUGCAACAUAUAGAAAAAUGUAUAGAUGUUUUGGACAGACCCGGCAAAGGGUGGCCAUUGGUAAAUGUUAGGAACACACCAGGUCACCUAACAUCCCGAGAACGCGCUCACAAACCUGCACGCAUAUCAUUGGCGUAUGGCACUCAUUAAAAAGGAUCAACGACCAUUAAACGAGGACCAUACCUAUUAAAAAAAAAAAAAUGUGGAGUUUGAGGGCUAACGUAUUUAAUUAAAUAAAUAAAUAAAUCUGGGUCUGCAUCUCUUAUUAAAUAAAAAUAUAAAAAUAUGUACAUUACAUUUUGCUUAUUUUCAUAUAAAAGGUAAGACAGAGUUUGCAAAGCAUUUGUGGCUUUUUGUAGUUUACUUAAGCCAAAAUGUGUUUUUUCCCCCUUGAUAGCUUCGCUAAUAUUUUAAACAGUCCUGUAAAAAACCAAAAAGGACUUUUUGUAUAGAAAGCACUACCCUAAGCCAUGAGGAACUCCAUGCUUUGCUAACCAAGAUAACUGUUUUCUCUUUGUAGAAGUUUUGUUUUUGAAAUGUGUAUUUCUAAUUAUAUAAAAUAUUAAGAAUCUUUUAAAAAAUCUGUGAAAUUAACAUGCUUGUGUAUAGCUUUCUAAUAUAUAUAAUAUUAUGGUAAUAGCAGAAGUUUUGUUAUCUUAAUAGCGGGAGGGGGGUAUAUUUGUGCAGUUGCACAUUUGAGUAACUAUUUUCUUUCUGUUUUCUUUUACUCUGCAUACAUUUUAUAAGUUCAAGGUCAGCUGUCAAAAGGAUAACCUGUGGGAUUAGAACAUAUCACGUUGCAACACCCUAAAUUGUUUUUAAUACAUUAGCAAUCUUUUGGGUCAACUGACAUCCAUUGUAUAUACUAAUGAGUUUCUUUCAUGCUAUUUUUUGUUUUGUUUUUGCAUUAUUAUCAAAUGCAGGGCCCCUUUCUGAUCUCACCAUUUCACCAUGCAUCUUGGAAUUCAGUAAGUGCGUACCCUAACUUGCCCGUGUCCUAAAUUAUCUGGUUGGUUUUCAGCCUAGAAUUUGAUACACUUUUUAGAAAUAUGCCCAGAAUAGAGGAGCUAUGUUGGGGCACAUGUCCUGCAAAUAUGGCCCUAGAAACAAGUGAUAUGGCGUUUACUCAACGCAUAAGUUAUAAAUUCCCACAGAAGAAAAAUGUGAAAGACUGGGUGCUAGACAAGAAGGAAGCAGGUAAAGGGAUAGUUGCUUUGUCAUCCAUUUUUAAUUAUUUUAACUGACCCUCAACAAUCUUGUCAGCAAUAUAGGACUGUUGAACAAUCCCGGUGUGUCAGGACCCCCAAAUGUCACUUCUGCAUAAAGCAUGUAUGUCAUCUAUUUUUUCUUCAAUAAAGAGAUUUAAUAGCCAUUUCGAGAAAUCCCAUUAAAGAACCUCUCUAUGUCCCUUUUUUUAAAUUUUGCAAGAAAUAAUGAUGACUCUUGUCUGAUAUUCGUCUAUAAGGGAUUAAUUUUCAGACCCUUUAAAAAGUGAGUGCCAUAAAAAAAAAAGUUGAUAUAUAUUGUUUAAAAGAGAUUUCAAUCCAAGAAUGAUUUUCCUUCUCUUGGAAUGUGAAGAUCUGUCGAUUCAUCUCCAAUCAUGUGCAUUGACAUACACAGCCACGAAGAUCCAGACAGGAAGAGCGACACUGCUAUAACACGUGUAGGACAUUUCUUAUCCAUUCUUUUCUUUCACUUGCAUAGUUGCUGUGUGUUUCUCACUAUAAAAGGCUGCCGCUGGGUGGCAAAAGCCAAGAGACCUUACUAACUAGGCUGUAUUUUCUUAACUUGAUCUGAAAUCCACAAUUAGACCACAGUGCACCUUUGGUGGUAUCCAUAUAGGAUGCCAGCCUGCCUUGUACUAAUGUUUUAUAUACUGAAAACAAACAAAAAAAUCUGUCAACCUUUUCCUAUAUCCCACUACUCCAGGUAUCCAUGGAACAUGAAAGAAAAACAUUUACGCAGAGGAAAAACAGAAAAUCAUCCCUGAACAUAAAACAGACACACACACACACACACACACACACACGUUGACACAUGGGAGGAAAAACUAAGAAAGUCAUUUUCCUCACCAUAUACUUGACCCCAUCCUUACAACCAUCCUUGUAACUUGAUGUGUAUAAAAUAUGCAAACAUGUCACAAAUGUUGUUGUCAUUUCAAAACACUUUACCAAUAUCAGCAGAGAUUUACCAGUGGGUGGGAAAGGGUCAUUAUGUGAAAAUACGAAAAAAUAGCCAUAUUAAUUUUUUACCUGCAAUUUGCCUCCGCAACAAAGGAAAAGUGAAUUUAUAAUGCUGAACAGAGAGUAAGCUAAAGUACCAGCAGAAGCCUUGGCUAUUUAUAGCAGAUCUGACAAUAGUUUUAUAAGAACAUGAAAAGAACAGAAUCACUUGAAAACGGAUGCCAGUCAUCUCUUGUUCCCACUACUGAAUUCAUAUAAAGUGGUAGCAAGAUAGCAAAGGGAUAAUCUGAGAAUUUUUUUAAGACAACUUAAUGAGAAGAAGCACAAUUUUUAUUGUGAUGAGUCACUUUCUGUAAACAAUCACUGUCUAUCUUUACCCUUCUACCUUAUCUGUAAUUUACCAUUUAUUGUAUUUGCAAAGCUAGUAUGGUUUUGGGUUUUUAUCACAGUAAAUCCUUUGUAUUCAGGAGUCUAGGGCAGAGCCCUGAGGGAGUGUUAUUUUACAUACCCCAUCCUAGGGUAACAUUUUAGGCAACAUUCUUCAUUGCGAGCAAAAGAACCAUAAACAGCGUUUUACACAGCUACAAAUAUUGUUAUAGCUAAUCCUAUUUUAAAAGAUUUUUGGUAAUAUUAAGCUUCAGUACUGGUAACACAUGCAAGAUACGCAAGCUGCACCACCUGUAUAUUGUAUGCAUUGGUGAGUGGAAGGCUGUUCAUUUCAACCUUUUUUAAAAUUGUGUUUUUUAGUAAAAUGGCUUAUUUUUUCCCAAAGGUGGAAUUUAACAUUUUAUAAUGAUGAAUAUGAAAAUACCUGUCAUCCUCAGAUCGUUUUCAGGGUGACUAAAGCAAAAAAGUUCCAAUACACUUUUUAAAAGAAUGUCUGCCCUCUCACACUUUGAUGUGUUUGUUUUCCUUACAUACCCAUCUUUGAAUUUAGAGAUAGCAUUUUUUUUGCCCCUUAUCAUGAGCUUUUGUUUGUUUUUCCGGAGGGUAAAUGUUUUGUAUUUUCUUUCUUUAAAAAAAAGUUUUGUUUUUUUUUUAAAGAAGCAGCCACUUGAACCCUCAAUAAAGGCUGUUGCCUAAGCAUGGCAUACUUCAUCUGUUCCCAUUUGUGCCAUCUGCUGUGAUGUCACUUACAUGGCGUUAAUUUCCUGCCACUACAGAUCUUUUGAAGAUUGAUGGAAUACUGGUGUCUGUUAGAACACUUCAGACUACAGAUGUAAUUAAAGGCUUUUCUUAAUAUGUUUUUAACCAAAGAUGUGGAGCAAUCCAAGCCACAGAUCUUCUACAUUCAAUUUGUCCAUUUGGGUUAUUUUCAUAAUCGGGUAUUGCAUUUUGCCUUCCCUAUUCAUACCUCAAAUUGAUUCAUACCUCAGUUGAAUUCAGAGAGGUCGGCUAAGUGACAGAUUCUGUUGUGGUGUGAACGCAGUACCAAGUGUUCUCGCGGAGCAAAGUAGACCUGGGUCACUGUAGGCAUAGGACUUGGAUUGCUUCAGAUGGUUUGCUGUAUCAUUUUUCUUCUUUUUCUUUUCCUGGGGACUUGUUUCCAUUACAUGACAGUAAUUAAAAUAGCUUGUAAAUGAGGGCAUACAAGCAUUUGCAACAAAUAUUCAAAUAGAGGCUCACAGCGGCAUAAGCUGGACUUUGUCGCCACUAGAUGACAAGAUGUUAUAACUAAGUUAAACCACAUCUGUGUAUCUCAAGGGACUUAAUUCAGCUGUCUGUAGUGAAUAAAAGUGGGGAAUUUUCAAAAGUUUCUCCUGCUGGAAAUAAGGUAUAAUUUGUAUUUUGCAGACAAUUCAGUAAAGUUACUGGCUUUCUUAGUGA